GCUCCACCGGCCGGGUCACUGGGCGCCGCCAUAUCGCGCCCGCUCCGCUCGGCAGCUCCCGGCCCCGCCCCGCCCGCGCCAGCCAUGUCCGAGAGCUACGAUUUCCUCUUCAAGUUUCUGGUGAUAGGAAGUGCCGGUACCGGGAAGUCCUGUCUCCUGCAUCAGUUUAUAGAGAAUAAAUUCAAGCAGGAUUCCAACCACACCAUUGGAGUGGAGUUUGGGUCGAAGGUGGUGAACGUCGGUGGGAAAACGGUGAAACUGCAGAUCUGGGACACAGCAGGACAGGAACGGUUUAGGUCAGUGACGCGGAGCUACUACCGUGGUGCAGCCGGGGCCCUGCUGGUAUACGACAUCACCAGCCGAGAGACCUACAAUGCGCUGACCAACUGGCUAACGGAUGCUCGGACCCUUGCCAGCCCCAGCAUCGUCAUCAUCCUCUGCGGGAACAAGAAGGACCUGGAUGCGGACCGGGAAGUGACCUUCCUGGAAGCCUCCCGCUUCGCGCAAGAGAACGAACUCAUGUUCCUGGAGACCAGCGCGCUGACCGGGCAGAAUGUAGAAGAAGCUUUCUUAAAAUGUGCCAGGACCAUACUAAACAAAAUUGAAUCGGGUGAGCUGGACCCCGAGAGGAUGGGCUCAGGCAUCCAGUAUGGAGACACCUCCUUGCGCCACCUGCGACAGCCCCGUGGGGCCCAGACGCAGAGCAAGCAGCCGUGCAGGUGCUAAGUGCGAAGGCACCAGGAGUCUGUCUGCAACUCUGUAUCGUGGCCAGCCGGGCCCCGGGGCUGAAGCACUCUCUCUUCUCUUCCCAGGACCACGUGCCUUGCGCGCUGAGCUCUCUGCUUCCCGAGCCGUGUGGCCUGAGAGCGCUGGGCCUCUGGCAAACUGCCCGUUUGAUUGUAUGCAGCCAUGGCGUCGUCUGCCAGCUGCUCCUUGCCCGCUGCUCGUCCCCUUCAACCCGAAGCUGGCGCGGGCCUGGCUCAGUGAUGAUGUAACGGGGCCCUGGCCAGCCUCCCGGAGCUAACUGCUGCUCUGGGUAGGAGAGUCCCCCUGGGUGAGCACCAGGACGAGGGGGGAGCGGGUUCUCCUUGGGAGAUGGUUCGUUGGGGUUGUCUCCUGCUGCCCCGUUGCUCGGAGCUAGGCAAGUGGGGGGUGUCUUAGCCUGGGGGCUGCCUGUCACUUAUGGGAGCAGGGAAGCGGUUCACUGCAGCGUGAGGCUUGCCAGGCGCUCUAGGCUGGGCUGGGAUUUCUGUUAAACUGGUUUAGCUUUUGAAGCUGGGGUCUGGCUCCGCUGGCUCUGCCUCGUCUCGCUGCUUUUCCGCCAGCCAGGCAUUGCGCUCGCGAGCACUGUGCUUGCGACGUCUGCCCUGCCCCGGGUGGCGUGACGUUCUGGGGUGACAGACAGAUGGACAGUCGGGGCUGGGCGGACUGCGCUUUCCCUUUGAAAUGCUGUAGCUGAACACUGGACCAUUGGCGGAUGGGGCCACUCCUGUCUCCAGGACUCUGACUUCGCUGGCAGCUGCUCUGGAAGGGUUGAGUCUGGUGCAGUGCCCGUGGCAGGAGCCGCUCUGCUGUUGGGUUUAGUCCCAGCUCCUGCAGGAAAGUCCCUUGGGCUCCACAGCUUGGGCACUGAAACCCUUGGGCGGGCACGAGGAUCUGGGUUUUAAAACCCCACGGCAGAUGUAACAGCACAGCCACAUCUCAAACCAAGCCGCCUAUCGGGCAGGAAAGUCCAGGUCUCCUGAGCUGGGGUAACAUGCCGGCAGCACCUUCCUCUCGGGGGGGCUGGUUCGAAUCCAGCCUCGCUGGGUCCAGACCUACGGUCAAAUUCUCAAGAGUGCCUAAGCGACACGCUCCAAAGGCCUGUUGAAAGCCAAUAGGAUCUGGGCUCCUAAAUCACCUAGUGCUCUGAAUGUUAACAGCCUCUGGCUCAGCCGGCUGCGAGGGGCUCGCCCUGGGCAGAGUCUGGCUGCAGCCUUCACUGACUCUGGCCCACGGCUGCAGGGUUGGAUUUGAGGUGGUGACAGCAGUGUAAAAUCUCCCUGAGCAGCCAGAGCCCAUCUGCUUUGUCCUCAUGCAGCCCCUCGCCUGUGCCCCUUCCCCAUCCCUCUCGCCUCCUCUGGCAGCAGUGAUCCCUGGCCCCCUCGGACAGCUCGGCUGGGCUACGGCCCUGGGGUCUCUCUCCUGAUCCUUGGCCCAGAACAUCGCAUGACCCCCAGAGCCCUCCUGUGGUAACUGCCAAACCUGUGACACUCAAUAGGCGGUCCGGGCCAACUUGUGGCCCUUCCUGGCUUCCCAGGGGCCGCCAGCUCCCCUCACGAGACGUGUGAGAUUCAGUUCAGUCCGUGAUACGCUGAAGUUCUGGCGAGAGCAUCACCCCCGCCCGUUUUCUUGUUAGUGACGGAAACGGAGCCACAAACGAAUGCGCCUGGGUGUAAACAUCACCAAGUCGGCAGCGGAAACCGAGCUUUUAACCUGAACUGGCCAGCGGGUUUUCUCUGUCACGCCGGCUCGUCUAAACCCCAAGCCUAUGUGUUGAGUGCGCCAAAUGGCCGUAUCCAUCCGGAAGGUUCCCACGGUGAAUCGCGGCCUCUCCUUCUGGCAGUGUUGCGAGAUGUGACAAAAUGGAAAAUCUGCGGUCUCUGUAUUGCACUUCAGAUGUCCUUCUCACCCCACCAGCGACUGCAGAGAAAAGCAGCAGCUGCUUCUCUUUCGAGAACAUGGGUGCUCAUGCAAAAGAAACGGCCCUUCUUGGCUGCCGAGCUGGGACAGGCGGGCAUGCUGGAUGUGUGGGGGGAGCUUUUUGCCAGAGGUAAAAACAAAGGUGACACUGAACCAUAAGAAGCAAGUUCCCCUGUCUGAUUCCACGGGAGGUAAUGUGAGGGUUGGUUUCCAGCACUGCUUUCCGAGUUACAAAACGCCAAACACGUCUCUGGCUGUGGACGAAUCGAGCCACUGACGGGACACUGCCAAGCUAUCGCUGCUUGCUAGUAUUUAUGUGGUGACAUUUUCAAGGAAGAAUUUUUGUACUGAAAUCUACUCCCAGGAGAGCAUUUUUGGAAAGGUAAAAGGCUUUUUUGGGAGGGAAAAACAACUUUCUGCAGAGCUAAACCAAAGGGUCCUGUUACAGAUGGGAGCCCUCCGUGACAGGGAGAGAAGGGCUUUGCUCCACCUUUGACAGCAACACAGUCUUCUUUAAAUGCACUUCACUGCAUCAUUCGCCAGACUGUCCUGUGUGGGAAGUUGUGAGGGGACUUGGACAAAACCAAAUUACAGCAGAACCUCCGAGUUACGAACUGACCAGUCAGCCGCACACCUCGUUGGGAACCGGGAAUAUGCGAUCAGGCAGCGGCAGCGACCAGAAAAACCCCCAAACUCGAAAUACAGGACAGUGUGUGUUAAACGUAAACUGGUAAAAGAAAGAGAAGGCAGCGUUUUCCUUCUGCGUAGGAAGGUUUCAAAGCUCUGUUAAGUCGAUGUUCAGCUGUACAUUUUUGAAAGGACCCCAACGUUUUGUUCAGCCUUGCAAACAGCCUCUGUUCCUGAGGGGUUUGUAACUUCAAGGUUCUUCUGUAUUGUGACGAGAUCCGUGAACUCCACACUCUCAAUGUCCAGCUUGGACCAUCGUCUUUGCCAAGCUCUUAGCAGCCCCUUCAGCCGAAUACGGUGACCAGUGCAGUCCCGCGACAUUCGCUAGUUAAGUAGAAGGCGCCUGCGAGAGGUUUUGUGCAUUUCAGAAAGAAUUAACUUUCUUUCAGACCACGAGGCCCUGGAAUUUACGACUGCUGCCCCGCUCUGUGCUAGGGAGCUUUUCUGUGCGAUACGACUGGUCACUUGAAUUCCCUCAGCGUGCCGCUCCGAGGCCGGGCCAGGAAUCUAUGCCUUUCAGAGCAGUCUCGAAACUGUUCAGAACGACUUAGCAGGAUGGUUAGUUUCCCCACAUUGCCUGUUGUUGUGGCAGGUGACAGAUGAAGACAAGGCAAGAAUUCCUAAACCACCUGAGAAUUUGAAAACCCCAGAGAAUUUGCAUUUAUUUGCCAUCUGUUUGUCUGUGCCCAAGGGACCGCACCCUUCUCAAGCAAAGAACCUUCUCAAGUCAAUUGACAAAGGUCUUUCAAUUUCCAGCGCUCAGAUGUCUUGGCAAAGCUCGGAGCUGUGGGUCCAGGUGUGGGUCCAUGCGGGUCAGACCAAAGGUCUGUCUAGCCCAGGAUCCUGUUCUCUGACAGUGGCCAGUGCCAUGUGCCCCAGAGGGAGUGAACAGAGCAGGGAAUCAGCAAGGGAUCCAGCCUGUCGCCCAUUCCCAGCUUCUGAGCUUAAUAUGCUGACGAGUUUCAGGAUAGUUAAAAGAUAGCUGGCUACACUCCAGCUAUGUUCGGCUCAACAUCCCUCUGCCAGCCUGGGUUUUCCACCAGGAACAUUAUGAAAAACCCAGCACCCCAGUCGCCUGACGGACGAGCAGCCCUGACCACUCACAAAGCGUGUCCCAGAUCGCUGCCAUCCCCUCUCCCGUUCAAGAGUGCCACACGCGGGGGUAAUGUCCAUUUACAAACUUCAUUAGAAGAUGGAAACGCUCCUCCUGCCGUUGUCGAUCACGGUCUUUACUUACAGGCAGCUGAAACUUUUCUUUCAUUUUAUUUGGUUGUCCGUGCGUGACCCCCGCCCGCUUCUUGUCCUGAAAUUCUCAGCUGGGCCCAGGGGUAGAUCAAAUCAAGUAUCACUGGUGAGGCCUCAUCAGUGUCCUGCCUGGGCUGGGGCCAGUGCUGUGUGUGGUGGAGGGACGGGGAGCCCAGCAUGUCCGUCUUGAGCAAGUCACCUUCACCCCCUUCAGAGAGCCUUGGGGGUCUCUGUCCUCGAAUCAGGCUGCGCCCCAUUGAAAAGCUCCUGUGGGCGCGGGAAGGGGAGCAAUGAUCGGGCCACUGUUGGAGAGGUGGGGCGACCCCUGGCUGUGAGCUCUGGUGGCUUCGUCUGUUGUGUUCUUAUGCUUAAGCUGCUGUUAUUUAUUGUGGGGGGGAGGAUGGGAGGCUGCUACCUUUGUGGCUUUCCUCGCACUCGGCUCUUGCCUGGCCUGUCCCAGGGCGCUGGUGGGAGGAUACAAGCGGCUCCCUCCGAAUCCUCUUGAAGCUGGGGCAGGUUGGGGAGAGAUGGUUGGAUCCAACCCGGCUUAUAAUUCACACCCUGUGAAAUUUCUUCUCUUUAAAAGAAAAAGCCCUCCAACUUCAGGCUGUGAAAAUGUGACUUGUUCAUAAAGUAUUAAUGUUUUCCA